AUGUCAUCCCCAGCUGCCGCAAGCUCAGCAGCAGCUGAGGGCAGAGAUAGAGGCGACGACGGGUUCAAGGACGUACUGGCCAGGGGGCAGAGGUUACUGGAUGAGGAACGUCCCAGCUCAGCGGAGAUCGAGGAGAGUUGCCGCACGGCAGGUGGCGUUGGAGCAGCUGUUCGACUGGCGCUGCUUCCUGAGAGACGCUAA